GGGGCUCUGGGGCCGGACUCCGCCCCUUCCCCGCUCGCGGGUCGGGGGGUGAUGCCGCAGGGACGCCGCCCGCUGCCCGCAGAUGAUCUGUUUAAAGCUGUGCAGAUUAUAUACUGCGGAUGGGAACUAUCAAGGCUUAUAAUGUCAAAAAUUUCCCUUAGAAGAAAAGUAGUUCCCACAAAGGUAACUGAUUGGGUACAGCCUUCAUUCAACGAUUCUACUGAGAACACAAACAUCUCUACGCUCUCUGCUACGUCCUUAGAGUUGAAUGGCAUGCAACAGAGGAAAAAAGAUUUACUUUCCACAUUAGAAAGUAGCAAGUACAGAUUUCCAGCUAGAAAAAGAGGAAAGUCUUCGGAACAAGUUUGUGAUCAGUCAGAUUCAAAUCGAAGCCUGUCUGAAAAUGAAACUUGGGUGGAUAAAUAUAGACCAGAAACUCAGAGUGAACUUGCGGUGCAUAAGAAGAAAAUUGAAGAAGUUGAAGCCUGGCUAAAAUCUCAAAUCUUAGAGGGGCAACCAAAGCAGGGUGGAUCUAUUUUAUUGUUAACCGGCCCCCCUGGAUGUGGAAAGACCGCCACUUUGCAAAUCCUUACUAAGGAUCUUGGUAUUCAGGUGCAAGAAUGGAUCAAUCCGGUUUUCCUGGACUUCAGAAAAGAUGACUUCAAGGAUAUGUUUAACCCUGAAUCCAGUUUCCAAACAUUUCCUACUCGAUCACAGACGACUGUUUUUCAAGAGUUUCUGUUAAGAGCGAACAAAUACAACAAACUACAGAUGGUUGGGGACUUGCUGGAUACAGAUAAGAAGCUUAUUCUUGUUGAAGAUAUGCCUAAUCAGUUUUAUCGGGAUCCUAGUGGGUUACAUGAAAUUCUGAGGAGGUUUGUGCAAAUAGGACGAUGUCCUCUUGUGUUUAUAAUCUCUGACAGCCUCAGUGGAGAUAGUAGCCAGAAGCUGUUGUUUCCUAAGGAGAUCCAAGAAGAGUUCUCUGUAUCCAACAUUAGCUUCAACCCGGUGGCCCCAACGAUUAUGAUGAAGGUUCUUAACCGGAUAGCAAUAGCAGAAGGCAGUCUGAAGGGAGGAAAAGUUGUUCCUGAUAAAACUUCUUUAGAGUUGAUUUGCAAAGGAUGUUCUGGUGAUAUUAGAAGUGCAAUAAACAGUCUCCAGUUUUCUUCUUCAAAAGAUUAUUCAGUAGAAAGCAGUCCAUGGUCCAGGAAAAAAGGGCUGACGUCAUUAAAAUCUGACACUGCAUCAUCAAGAGCAAAGCAGAGAAAGAAAGCUGAAGGAUCUUUAGAAAACCAAGAAGUCCAAGCUAUUGGUGGCAAAGACGCAUCUCUCUUUCUUUUCAGAGCUUUAGGGAAAAUACUUUAUUGUAAAAGAGAACCACUGAAGGAGUUCAAAUAUCCGCGAUUACCUUCUCACUUAACAGAAUAUGAACGCGAUCCGCUGGUAAUGCAGCCUGAGGAAGUUGUAGAAAAGUCACACAUGGCUGGAGAACUCUUCAAUUUAUACCUACACCAAAACUACUUAGAUUUCUUCACAGAAAUAGAUGAUAUUACGAGAGCCAGUGAAUACCUCAGCACUGCUGAUGUUCUUAGUGGUGACUGGACUUCACGAACUACUCUCAGGGAAUACAGCGCGUCGGUAGCCACAAGAGGGGUGAUGCAUUCCAACAAAGCCAGAGGAUUUGCCUGCUGCCAAGGAGGAGCGAGUUUUCGUCCCUUACAUAAACCUCAGUGGUUUCUAAUAAAUAAAAAGUAUCGCGAGAACUGUCUGGCUGCGAAAUCACUCUUUUCCAGCUUCUGUUUGCCACCUUUAUGUCUCCAAACACUGCUCUUGCCAUAUCUCGCUCUGCUGACUAAUCCAAUGAGAAACCAAGCUCAGAUCGCAUUCAUCCAAGAUGUUGGAAGACUUCCCCUAAAGCGGUACUUUGCCAGAUUGAAAAUGGAAGCUCUGACUGAUAAGGAUCAAGGGCUGACAGACCCAGACAGUGACGAGGAAGCCAACCUUGAGGGCGUGCGGCCUACGGAGACGUUUCUACACGGAGACAGGAGCGAAACGGAACCCAAGGGAUCUUCUCUGCCUUCAAGCCAGACGAUUGGAAAUGAACUGCCAGCCAGUCAACCUCAACCUGCAGCUGCCCAAGGAAUCAUGAAGGAAGAGGAGAUAAUAAUAGAAGACUAUGAUAGUGACUGAUCAAAGGCACAUCCAGAGGCCCCCCCCCGCCACUAGUCAGGUGCCGUUGGCAGAUGCCAUUUGUGUCAUCCAGUAGUAAAUGACAUUUAUUUGAAAGGUUUUUUUUAUGCACUGUUCACCGGCAGUUGCAUUUUUCUUGGCCCGCUUGCAGACUGUUGAAAAUAAUAAAUAUGCUUUUACACGGGAACAACUGUGACUUUUACCAGAUUGCUGAAUAAGAAUGGCCUUUGCGUGGCGCUCAGCGUCACCUCUCGCAUCAUCAAAAUUAUUCACAGUCUGAGGCGCAUAAGCUCAAAUUGUUUUGCAAACGAUGGGGAAUGUCUGUAAUUAUUGGAAACAAGGUUAUGGUAAACUACGUUCAAAUGACUUUAUUUUUUACUAGUAUUUAAUUAGUCUUGUAGCUGUACAGAGUGUCCUGCUGGGGGGAGAGAAGCAAUCUUUUAUAAGAGUUUGUUUAAAUUACAUGGAAAAAUAGAGAAUUCAGAAACACACAAACUUUGUUUUGGGAGGAAAUGUAAAUAAAAAGUGUAAAAGCUGAAGAUUGAACGAUUCAAGAUGGAAAUAAACUUCCCCGUGCCUCAUUCCUUUUGGUUUUUGGCCUCGAGCUCUUUUUAUGAAUGUUUAAAGAAUGGAAUCCUAUGUUGUACAGUAGAUUAUUUUUAGAUACCUCCGGGGGAAAAUAUUUACCUAAUUUAUAUCAAGAAAAUUAAAAGCUUUCGAGAUGA